AUGGGGCACCUUGUGACUCUAGCGACCUGCUCUCUGAACCAAUGGGCCCUUGAUUUUGAAGGCAAUGCAGCCCGCAUCAUUGAGAGCGUUCGGCAGGCAAAAGCAGCAGGUGCGACUUUACGUGUCGGUCCAGAGCUUGAGAUCACUGGAUACGGUGUGCUAGAUGGAUUCCUUGAGGGGGACACCUUUUUGCACUCAUGGGAGAUGCUAGCUCGUAUUAUCGAUCACCCAGACUGUCAGGAUAUUGUGGUGGACGUGGGUAUGCCUGUGCGCCACCGCAAUGUGCGCUACAACUGCCGUGUCAUCUUCUACAAUCGAAAGAUUAUCCUUAUCCGACCUAAGAUGUGGCUCGCCAAUGAUGGAAACUACAGAGAACACAGACACUUCAUUCCGUGGCAGCGUCCCCAAGAAGUUGAAGACUAUUAUCUCGAACAGAUCGUCGGAAACAUCACAGACCAAUACAAGGUUCCUUUCGGUGACGCCGUUAUCAGCACUAGAGAUACAUGUCUUGGCCUGGAGACUUGUGAGGAAUUAUUCACUCCUAAUGGACCCCAUAUUCCUUACGGGCUGGCUGGUGUGGAAAUCAUUUCCAACUCUUCCGGUAGUCACCAUGAAUUGAAGAAACUCGAUACCCGCGUUAAUCUGAUUACACAAGCUACAAAACUGAGCGGCGGAAUCUACUUGUACGCCAACCAGCAGGGUUGUGAUGGUGAUCGCUUGUACUACGAUGGCUGCGCAAUGAUUGUAGUGAAUGGUGAUGUCGUGGCACAAGGAUCUCAAUUUUCUUUGAACGACGUCGAGGUGGUCACAGCAACUGUCGACCUUGAAGAGGUCCGAACGUAUCGUUCAGGCGUCAGCCGAGGAAUGCAGGCGGCCAAGCAGUCGCCGUUUGUUCGCCUGGACAUCGAUGUUCGGCUUUCCCGCCGCGGCGAGGAGGCUGAUCCCAGCCUCACGGUCUCCGUGCCAUUUAAGCCACACUUCCAUGUUCCAGAAGAGGAGAUUGCUCUCGGUCCGGCCUGUUGGCUUUGGGAUUACCUGCGGCGAUGUGGCGCUGCGGGAUUUUUCAUCCCUCUCAGCGGCGGUAUUGAUAGCUGUGCUACUUCGGUGAUUGUUCAUUCAAUGUGCCGUGAGGUUCUGAAAGCAGUCAGAGAAGGUAACGAGCAGGUCAUCGAGGAUGUCCGGAGGCUCUGUGCUAAACCCGCUGACUCUGAUUGGCUCCCUACUACCAGCCAGGAAAUCUGCCGAGCCAUUUUCCACACUAGCUACAUGGGCACACAGAAUUCGGGCCAGGAGACAAGGGACCGGGCUAAGCGACUUGCCGCGGAUAUUGGGUCAUACCAUAUUGACUUUAACUUUGACACAGUAGUAACGGCUCUUAUGGCUCUCUUCAGCACCGUCACCAAUUUCCAGCCACGCUUCAAGGUCCAUGGAGGCAGUACAGCCGAGAAUGCAGCGUUGCAAAAUGUCCAAGCUCGGCUCAGAAUGGUUCUCUCUUAUUUAUUUGCUUCGUUGUUACCGACUGUUCGUCAACGACCUGGUGGCGGCGGUCUUUUAGUUCUUGCAUCAUCCAACGUGGACGAAUGCUUGCGGGGUUACUUGACCAAAUACGAUGCCAGCUCAGCCGAUCUCAAUCCCAUUGGAUCUAUUAGCAAGGUUGACCUCAAGAAGUUCAUUGGAUGGGCAGGCAUCAACUUUGACCUUCCAAUUCUGGAAGAGUUCAUCCACGCAACACCUACUGCUGAGCUAGAGCCUCGUACGGCAACAUAUGUGCAAUCCGACGAGGCUGAUAUGGGUGUGACUUACGCUGAGCUUAGUACUUUCGGUUACCUCCGAAAGGUAUCCAAGUUGGGACCAUGGGGAAUGUAUGAAAAGCUAUUGCAUCUGUGGGGCAAUGAGUACAGUCCCCGCGAAAUUUACGAGAAAACACGACACUUCUUCUACAACUACUCUAUCAACCGACAUAAGAUGACUGUCUUGACGCCUAGCUAUCAUGCGGAGCAGUACUCUCCCGAUGAUAACAGACAUGACCUGCGCCAGUUCCUGUAUCCUUCGUUCACGUGGGCAUAUAAGAAGAUGGAAGACAGUGUCAAGUUCUGGGAAUCAAGGGGAUGGACAACCGGCAAGACCGCAAAGAAGAAUGUCAAGGCGGAUUGA